UUCUUAUCCAUUUCAGAUCAUAAAUCACAAACCCAAUUCCCUUCAUAGAAACCUUCUUGCCUUCGGCAUGGCAACAACUCUCAGACUACUUCAAUCUGUACUCCUCUUUCUUGCAAUUGAACUCUCAUACUCAGCUGCACAAAAAGACCACUUCAUCUUCAAUGGCUUCCAUGAAGCUAACGUGAGCCUGGAUGGUAUUGCACUCAUCCACCCCAAUGGCCUCUUGCAACUAACCAACACAUCCAAACAACAAAAAGGCCAUGCUUUCUACCCAUUCCCUCUCAACCUUAGAAACUCCUCACAUGGUGGUUCUCUCUCUUUCUCCACGUCUUUUAUCUUCGCCAUCUCUCCAGAGUUCCCAAGUUCAAGCGCCCAUGGACUCGCCUUCACGAUCUCGCCAUCCACGGGAUUCCCAGGAGGUAUGCCGAGCCAGUAUAUGGGAAUCUUCAAUUCUUCAAACGAUGGCGAUUCAUCGAACCAUGUAUUUGCAGUCGAGUUAGACACUCUACUCAACCCUGAACUCGAUGAUGUAGACGACAACCAUGUGGGCAUCGAUCUAAAUAGCUUAAAAUCAAUCGAAUCGGCUCCUGCGGCCUACUUCAAUGAUGAAGAUGGAAAGAACAAGAGCUUAAUCCUUAUAAGUGGAGAACCCAUGCAAAUUUGGAUAGAUUAUGAUGGAGUAGAGAAGCAACUCAAUGUAACUCUAUCGCCUUUGAAGAUCGACAAGCCAAAUUAUCCGCUCUUAUCGUCAUCCAUCGAUCUUUCCUUUGAUAUCAUGGAUUCUAUGUAUGUUGGUCUGUCCGCAGCCACAGGUGGGCUGACAGGGUCCCACUAUAUUCUUGGGUGGACCUUCAAGGUAAAUGGGCAAGCUGAACCGCUAGAUCAUUCUCUCCUCCCUUCAGUUCCACAGCAAAGGCAAUCAAGCAAUCAUCAAGCAUGGAAAAUUGGGUUGUCGUCGGCGGUUGUAGCGUUUGUGUUGACAGCAGUUUAUGGAGCUAUAUACAUAGUCAGGAAGAGGAAGAAGAAGUACCAAGAAAUACAAGAAGAUUGGGAACAUGAAUACCGCCUGCGACGUUUCUCCUACAAAGAUCUAUCAAUCGCCACCAAAGAUUUCAGUGAAAAGGAGCUUCUUGGGUUCGGAGGGUUUGGAAAGGUCUAUCGAGGAAUAUUACCAGCAUCCAGUAUCCAGAUCGCAGUGAAGCGGGUCUCACAUGAUUCAAAACAAGGGUUGAAGGAGUUUAUAGCAGAGAUGGCCAGCAUCGGACAGCUUAGGCACAGGAACCUUGUGCCACUACUAGGGUAUUGCCGACGGAAGAGAGAGCUUCUCUUGGUCUAUGAUUUCAUGCCAAAUGGAAGUUUGGAUAAGUUCCUCUUCACCCAUGAAAAACCAGUCCUUAGUUGGAAUAAACGUUAUCAGAUUCUCAAAGGCGUUGCUGCUGGCCUUCUAUAUCUCCAUGAAGAAUGGGAGCAGAUUGUGUUGCACCGAGACAUCAAAGCAAGCAAUGUUCUAUUAGACGGUGAUUUGAAUGGACGAUUGGGAGAUUUUGGGCUCGCUCGAUUGUAUGAUCGUGGUACCAAUCCUCAGACUACUCAAGUUGUUGGGACCCUGGGCUAUCUUGCACCUGAGGUUACAAAAACCGGCAAGGCGACAACUUACACUGAUGUGUAUUCUUUUGGGGCGUUUUUGCUUGAGGUUGCUUGUGGAAGGAGGCCAAUAGAAUGGCGAUCCGAGGAGAUGAGUUUGGUGGAUUGGGUGUGGGAGUGUUGGAAGAAGGGAUCGAUUCUGGAGGCGAGGGACCGUCGGCUUAGAGAUGAGUAUGUCUUGGAGGAAUUGGAGAUGGUUUUGAAGUUGGGCCUGCUUUGCACUCACCCUACGCCAGCUGCCAGGCCGAGCAUGAGGCAGGUUACGCAGUUCUUGGAAGGUGAUGCUGUCUUCCCUGAGAUAUCACCCAAUGGUGUGGGUAUUGAUGGAAGGCUGGAUGGAUUUUCUGCUUCGUAUCCCACAUUGAUCAAGGAGUCGUCUGUUCAUUCAUUAUCUGGGCCUGAAGCAGUCCUCUCCAGUGGUGGGCGUUGAAUUCGGAUGGCUAUGGUUGUUGUAUAUCUUGCUGUGAGUUACCAUAUUAUGGAUGCAAUGUAGGUCACUUAGAUUAUUCUUCUUAAUGAUUAGAAUGCAAAUGAAUCUUACUGUGGUAUACUAUAUCAUGACUCCCUUAUGGAUGAUUUCUGUUGGUAUAGUAUACUGCUAGAGAACAUAUUAUUGUAAUUCAUUGAAAUGGUGCAUCCAAACGUGUCCAAAAUUGGUAUAUAAUAGCUAUUUAUAAUUGUUGUUUUCGAUUUGCGCUGCGUUU